AUGUUUAUAAAAUUAUAAGCGUGCCUACAAAUCAAAAACCGGUCUACCUGCCAUAUUGGGGGAAUACCUGAAUAUAUUUUGGGGGUCACUUGCCUUUCUCUCUCUUUGCGAGUGCUGGGUGUACUUUGGUUUGGCCAAGGGAAUUCUAGUAGUACGCGAUGGACGAGCGCGGGUGAAACACGCGAGAUUUUGAUUCGUUCGGCUGUGCGCUCGAUUACGUCUUCAAAAAUUGCCAUUUAAAAAAACUGAUCUUCAUUUUAAAACAACUAACAAUUCAACAAGCCAAAUAUUCUGGUGGUGUCUCUGUGAUCCAACGUGUGCUAAAAUUCAAAGUUUAAAAUGUGCGACACUUUUUCAACGAGACGGACGCCGAUGCUACUGAGACCUUGGAUUAUUUUAUUGCUGGCCAAUCACAUCGUCCAAGCUUAUGAUCUUCAAAUGUCCCCGAAACUAGAAAAAGACGAGCAGGUGAUUAAAGCAGGCUCAACUCUAAAACUGACGUGCAUCGAAAAGAUCUACUAUCGCUCUGAGAGAAACGGAACAAUCAAAUGGACAAUUCCCACACUCACCAAAAGAAAAGAAGAAUUCAGAAAACGUCAUCACGUAGAAUCGUUUAAGAAUGAAACUCAGUUGAUAUCGACGAUGAUUUUAACAAACGCCACCAAUGAGGACACGGGCUAUUACAGUUGUCAGGGGACGUCGGAGAAAUCAGAUCGAUACAUUUACGUUACCAGUAAUGAAAAACGUUUCUUCAUCGACGACGUCGACAAGAAGCAAUUCAAGCACAUCAAAUCCAGCUCAUCCAUCGUUUUUGUUGGCGAAUUGGGCAAAUCAUUCGUCAUCCCUUUCAAGACGACCCAUCCCGAUUUGAGCAUCUCCGUUUUCAAGGAAUCGACAGACAUCAAAGUCGAACCCAAAAACGAAUUCAUCAAGAUUUGGGAUUCCUCAUCGCCAGUAGAAAAUUCGAAAUGGUCGUUCAAUCAUAGACAAGGACUUAAAUUGGAGGGCUGUACCAUUUUCGACACGACAGAUUAUUAUUUCGUCGGCUCCAUGCCCGAAAAAGUUGGCGAAAAUCGCACGGCCUCUGUCGCCCCACACAACGAAGUGCGAAAAUUUUACACGUGGAAUCGUUCACUCAAACAAGUCGACAGGAUUGACGUCUUGGUGCGCAUUCGUCUCAUUGUCCCAGGAAUGGAACUGAAAAGAGUGGGAGAUCCUAGCGAUCCAGUGGAAGGAUCCAACGUCAUUUUAACUUGUACCGUAUCCAGUUUUAAUCCAUCUCGGUUGGCGUGGUCCUAUUACGGCCACGAGUAUCGUGCCAACAGCACAAAACCCAAAUUAGUUCAAGGCGACCCGAAAUUGAAUUCUGUCAACAGUUCGACUAUUCGAACGGCACAGCGAAACGGAGCGAUGAAACAACCAAAAGAUAUAAUUAUCACAUCGGAAAGAAAAUGGAACGAUUUAUUCUACCACACGAGUCGAGUAACCCUGAUUAACGUCACUCUCGACAGCAAAUACACGAAAUUUGAAUGCAUUUCUUUUGAAGUGCAUUCCAUUUCCAAAGAAAUUUCUUUCGGAAUUAAGGAAAUAAACAACGACCCAGUGUCGAACACUGUUGCGUCAACAGAAGAUAUCGCCCAAAAUUUAAUCUGCCACCGAUUAUCGCAACACGUUCCCAUUCAAUGGCUAAAGGACGGAAAGCCGUACACUGGUGCAGUCAAAGAAACCGCCACCGCGUCUGUUGUGCAACUGCGAGGAAAAGAAACGGAAUGUGGAAACUACGAAUGUCGGUGGACAAAUAGCAAAGGAGAGCCAAGACACAGAAACUUCAGAGUUAAAUCAGUUUCCUUCGACAUUGAAACAAAUAUCAUCGUCAUAUUUUGUGUCACUUUAACUAUCGGAUUACUGGCAACCGGAGUGGGAAUCGGAAUCAAAUUUUACUUCCACAAAAAAAAUGUGGAAAAGGAACUGGGAAAAUGGGAAACAAUUUUGAACGGAGAUCCGAGUAAAAUCGAUCCGGAUGUACCGAUGGAAUACCAAACGGAAUUCCUGCCCUACGACAAGAAAUGGGAAUUUCCAAGGAAACGACUCAGACUCGGUCAAGAACUGGGCUCCGGUUUUUUCGGUCGAGUUGUCAAAGCCGAGGCCGUGGGCUUAAAAGACUCGGAGGAAACAGUGACAACAGUCGCCGUUAAAAUGAUCAAACCGACAAACAAUUCUGACGCCGCACUCGAAGCUCUCAUCGGCGAAUUAAAAAUUAUGAUCUAUUUGGGUUCGCACUUAAAUCUCGUCAAUUUUAUAGGGGCCUGCACCAAAACCACUGUCAAAGAAGAAAUUCUGGUUAUAAUUGAUUAUUGCCGCUUUGGCAAUUUAAAGUCGUUUUUGUUUGAAAACCGGGACAAGUUCGUCAACGAGUUGAACGGAAUCGGUACAACAUUACCUGCUUGGAACGUAACAGCGACAACCAGCCGCACUCAGCAUCAACCGUCUCCAAAAGAUGUCAAACAAAACUUUCUAUCCAUAGUCAAUAAAGUUAUGAAAUGCCAACCUGGGGAGUUGGCCAAUGAAACUGGAAAGACGCGCGAACUGGGACAAACUACUAGAAAAAACGAUACAAAUUCGAACGCAGCAACUGCCAAUCAAAUAAUUAUCACGAGCGACUUGAUUUCCUGGGCGUUGCAAAUUGCUCGAGGCAUGGAAUUCAUGGCCGACAAAAAUGUUCUGCACGGCGAUUUGGCCGCCCGCAAUGUCCUUUUGGCCGAUCACGGAAUCGUCAAAGUGGCCGAUUUCGGAAUGGCCAGGAAAAUGAAGAAUCACGAUUACAAGAAAAACGGAGAUGAGUUGAUGCCAGUCAAGUGGAUGGCCAUCGAGUCCCUGACGGAUAAAAUUUUUUCCAGUCAAUCGGAUGUCUGGUCCUACGGGGUUGUCUUGUGGGAAAUCUUUACCCUGGGCAAAGUUCCGUAUCCAGGAAUCGAUUACGGUUUGGCACUUGUAACAGCCAUUCAAAAUGGACACCGAAUGGAGAAACCGAAAUUUGCACCCGAUUUCUUCGGGGAUAUUAUGAAAAGCUGUUGGCAAAAAGACCCGAAAGAGAGGCCGACUUUCCUUCAACUGGCCGAGGCAAUUGAAGAAUACAUCGAGUCACUCGUCAGCAUCGAUUAUUUAAAUAUCAAUUAGCCAAAAAAUGAAAUUUAAAUUCUCAAUACUAUAUCGUUUAGAAUUCUUAAAUUAUUUAACGAAGCAGUGCAAUCUUAACUAAUUGAAAUGAUUUCCUUCCCAACCUGCGACCAUACAGGAAUACAUUAUAAAAUAUAUUAUGCGCAUAUUUUUAUAUCGACAUCUCUCUCCCUGAUGAAAUAAUCACGAAUGUUCCUUUCCAACGUCAUACCAAUCAAAAAUCAAUCAAUGUAGUUCAAUAUCCCAGACAAAUGAGUGACAUACG